AGGCCGCGCGGCGGGCGGCGGGGCCCUUCGGGGCGGGCCGGGCUGGUGGUGGCCCCGGCGUUCCUAUUCCCGGGGCUUCAGACCUCUCGGGAGAGCGCGACGCGGCGCAGAUUAAAAAUCAAGAAAUACAAACCAGAUGCAGCAGUUUCUUGACGUGGAGACCCAAGCCCAUAAUACAAUGGAAGCUUCUCCUUGUGAGGCUGAGCUUCAGGAAUUAAUGGAACAAAUUGACAUCAUGGUAAACAACAAAAAACUGGAUUGGGAAAGGAAGAUGCGGGCUCUGGAGACACGAUUAGAUCUUCGGGAUCAAGAGUUGGCAAAUGCACAAACUUGUUUAGAGCAGAAAGGUCACGAGGUGGGGUUACUUAGACAGAAGUUGGACAGUUUGGAAAAAUGCAACUUAGCAAUGACUCAGAAUUACGAAGAACAACUACAAACCUUAAAAGCUCAAUUCUCCAAACUAACUAAUAGCUUUGAAAAACUGAGAUUAUACCAGAUGAAACAAAAUAAAUUUCUACAAAAAGAAGUACCACACGUCAAAGAAGAAAUACCCUUUGAACUGAGCAAUUUGAACCAGAAAUUAGAGGAAUUUAGAGCAAAGUCAAGAGCAUGGGACAAGCAGGAGAUACUAUAUCAGACUCAUCUGGUUUCUUUAGAUGCUCAACAAAAAGUAUUAUCUGAGAAGUGUAAUCAGUUUCAGAAACAGGCGCAAAAUUACCAAACUCCACUAAAUAGUAAAAAACAGGGCAUAGAAGACAGCAGCUCUGAAAUUCCUUGGAUAUGUGAACCAGAUACCAGUUGUGAAACCAAUGAAAGAGAUGAGUUCAUUAUUGAAAAAUUAAAAUCAGCUGUGAGUGAAAUAGCGUUAAGCAGGAAUAAGUUACAAGAUGAAAAUCAGAAGCUCUUACAAGAGCUGAAAAUGUACCAAAGACAGUGCCAGGCCAUGGAAGCAGGACUCUUAGAGGUGAAAAGUGAGUUACAAUCACGUGAUGAUCUCUUGAGAAUUAUAGAAAUGGAACGAUUGAAGUUGUACAGAGAAUUAUUAAAACUAGGAGAGUGCCAAAGUGCUCCAGAAAAUAGAAAAAGACUUGAAUCAUCUUAUUCACCAUCUAUUAAAGAAUCAGAAAAACAACGGAAAGAGCUGUUUGCAGUGACCCCAGAUCAACCAAAUCAUGAAAAAGAAUUGAACAAGAUAAGAAGCCAACUCUAUCAGAAGGAAGAGUACCAUAGCUCUGAGCAGGAAAGAAUGAGGAAUGAAAUCUCUGACCUAACAGAGGAGCUUCAUCAGAAGGAGAUCACUAUAGCAACUAUCAUGAAGAAAGCUGCCUUUCUGGAAAGACAAUUAAAAAUGGAGUUAGAAAUAAAAGAGAAAAUGUUAGCGAAACAACAGGUCUCAGAUACGAGAUAUAAAGCUGUCAGGACUGAAAACACACACCUGAAAGGCAUGAUGGGAGAUUUAGACCCUGGACGGUACAUGACAAAUGGAAUUACUGAUAUAAAGAGUAUGGACUUCACUAACAGGGAACAUGCAAGGCAUACAUCUAUUAACAAACUGGAAUAUGAGAAUGAAAGGCUCCGAAAUGAUCUUGCAAAACUUCAUGCCAAUGGAAAAUCAGCAUGGGCUAGCCAAAAUACCUACAAAGAAACAGGAAGAUUUAGCCACGAUCGUGAGCCAAACAAAAGUGCAACACCUUCAUUGCCACCUUUGCCAUUUCAAACCAAAGAAAUGACAAGUCUUUUGGUUAGUGAUGAUGAAGUAUUCCCAAUGUCGCCCCCAGAUAUAGCCUUCCCAGCUUCUUUGGCUGCACAGCGUUUCCUUCUGGAGGAGGAGAAGCGAGCAAAAGAACUUGAAAAACUUCUGAAUACACAUAUUGAUGAACUGCAAAGACACACAGGAUUUACUCUUAAUAAAUACACCAAGCUAAAACAAAACAGACACAUAUGAGCUUUUAAACUUUUUUAUUUGCUUCGCCCACCCCAAGGAAAAAAGCUCUGGCAAAAUAUUUACAAAGCUGAUUAAUGAAACUGAGAAAUUUUGUUCUGUUUUCCUGAGUAAAUCAUUUCUGUA